AUGGCGGCCGCCGCGAAGGCCUUGGCGGCCGCGCUGCGCGCCGCCGCGGGGGAGGGCGACGCGGCCGCGCUGCAGGCGGCGCUGGAGGGCGCCCCCCCGCAGCAGCUGCGGCGCGCGCUGGCGUGGGUAAAGCGGCGAUCGCCCGAGGACGCCGGCAACCGCGCCCCGCUGCACUUCGCGGCCUACGAUCCGGCUCGGCCGAGGGCCCCCGGGGCCCGCGUGGGCUUCGCGCGGAUGCACCCUCCCAAGUCCAUCCCGAUGAGCACCACCUGCGGUGCCGCGGUCCCGGGGACCCCUCGGCGGGGCUACGCCGAUGCCCACGUGGACGUCGUCCGGCUGCUGCUGGAGGCGGGCGCCGACCCGCGGCUGCGGAGCACCACGGGCGGCACCGCCCGGGACAUCGCCGCGCAGCGGCUGAAGGAGCUGCCUUCCUUAAAAUUACAGGACGUGGAGGCGCGGGCGGCGCCGCUGGCGGAGAUCCUCGCGCUGCUAGACGCGGCGUCGACGUAG